AAAAAAAAAAACCACCAUUUAAUUACUCUCUCCCCCUCUCUCUCUUCGCCGGCUUCUGGAAAUCCAAGUUCGCAUCUCGCUGACACUCUCUACGAAUUACGCCUCUUAAUCUUCAGCUCUAUUUCUAAUUACGAUCUCUCGGAGUUCACAGCGUGUUUCUUCACGAUUUCAUCAUCUAUUUGCAGCGCCAAUCUUUGGGGUUUAGGGUUUUGUAAUCGAGUCCAUUUUUAGCUCCGUAGAGGCAUAAGCAUCUUCCUUUUGGCAUAAUCCGAGGUGGGUUUCUUUUGGGUCUAAUCAAUUUUCCUUCUUUUGGCUUUGCUUCCCUUGUGAUUCCGAAUUGCUAAAACCCUAAAUUGAACAUGUUUCUCGGCGAGCUUCGUAGCUCAAAAUUACUCACCGUAGAUGAUUCCAAUGGAUAAUUACUGCGUACCGAGCACUAGCACGACUGGUUUAGUAUUCCCGGCGAAUUCGAGCAUGGCUGCUUCUUCGGGAUUCCACCUUACUGUAAAUUCUCCGGCUGGACUCAAACAUGAAGCUGCUUUGGCUGUUGACUGGUCUGUUGAGGAACAGUAUAUAUUGGAGAAAGGCCUUGCAAAAUUUAAAAAUGAACCACAAGUCACGAAGUAUGUAAAGAUCGCAUCAACUCUACCAGAUAAAAGUGUACGGGAUGUAGCAAUGAGGUGUAAAUGGAUGACGCAAAAACGAAGAAAAGGGGAAGAACAUAGUGCCGGGACCAAGGUUAGCUACAGAAAGGUGGUGGAUUUACCACCAAAGCUGAAUAUGUUCUCCACCAUGCCACAACAAAAUGCUACAUAUGUCAUGAACCAUAUGUGCCAGAGUGCACGCAUGCCUUUUGAAGGUUUAAGUGAUGCAGUUAUGGAGCUUCUACGGCAGAACGCUCAAGCUUUCAGUCAAAUUUCUUCAAACCUUUCUGCGUGCAAGCCACAGGAUAACAUCAGUCUGUUUUAUCUGGCAAGAAAUAACAUCAGUUCCAUCUUGAAUGACAUGAAGGAGAUGCCUGGUAUCAUCAGCCGGAUGCCACCUCUGCCCGUUUCAAUUAACAAUGAUCUUGCUAGCAGGUUAAUGACGAGUACACCACAGCCGAGAUCUUAUAUCAUUCCUUCGAGUAUCCAUCUGAAGCAGGAGCCAAAAAACUGAUGGGGACAAAACUGGAUUUUGACCAAUGCUAAAGGAAAUAGCACAAGAAACCGAUAAAUGGCAGUUGUUCGAUGUGACCUGGACUGAAAGACGAUUGGUUUAUCGACUGCAAAAACACACUAGAUUGAACAAGAUGGAGAUCUUGUGGAACCCUUUGUGCUGUCGGCUAAUAUGGCGUGGAAGGGUUAUUAACACUUAACCGCAGGCUAGCCAAAAACCCUUUUUCAAACCCUUUCAUGUCUCGAAAACUGAUUACUUUAUCGGUGCGAAAAUGCUUUGGUGGUCAAUCCAAGAUAUGAAUUUGUUGCACAGAUCCGUGGUAGACUUGGUUGUAUAGAUUAGCUGUUUCUGUAAGGUAUUAGAUGAAGAGUUAUUUAAGUUUGUAUUAAGAACACAUCUUUGUAACGUUUGCUCUUCAUAAUUAUGCUCAGAACAUUGAGGCAAAAAUUCAUAUGUUUUGAAA